AUGAGUUUUGAUCAUUCCUUUGGAGAGUCAACACAGCCCUUGGGUCCUUACCAAGUCGUCUCUCCAGAUGCACCUAUGGUCUUUACUUGGGACAAUAACCUGGUGCAAAUCAUGGAUGCAUGGAUGUCAUCUCCUCAGUCCUCACAAGGGUCACCUUUACUUUCUGUGGCUGCGGAUCUUUCUGGUCCGGCGAACUUGACACAUCUGAGCUUUAGAAGAAACGAUGCAGUUCUUCACAUGGAAUUAGUAGCUUCGGUUGCGGUAAUUAACUUGAUCAAGAUGGAAUUGGACAGAGUCAGAGUGAGCAGCAGCUUUGCGAAUUGUGCUAGGAUCGUUGCCUCUCAAUUAAGAGGCGCAUGUGGAGUUGGUUUGAUCACUUUGCUCAAACAAAGAAUUGACGUUGCUAAAGCAAAGAAGUUAGUUUGCUCAAUCAAGAAAAGUGGUAGGGAACGUUCUGCAGAAAAGUCAAUAAGCGGAUGCAUAGGUGCUCCGGUGACAUUUUCCAGUCCAGAGGGCACGAUUACAUGUCGUUGCAAAGCCGCUCGAGCCACGCCAAUGUAG